CUGGUCCAGCGUAUGAACGAAUUUCAGGACCACCCAAAAGUCAGAGCGCGGCUGACUUUGGGCUCAAAAGUCUUUGUUGCUGGUCAUGAAGUUUAUGGAAAACUUGAGGUUGAAUCCAUCGCUGGCCCAAAUGCUGGGCUAGGGUUGAGAUUCAUAUAUGUCUCAUUAAGCGGGACUCAACGGGCCGGGACUUCCCCCUCGAACGCUGUUGAGCCUGCAUCAAGGGAGACCGAGCAGUAUCUUCCCCCGGACUACCAUCAUGCUCGCAAAGGUCGUACUACAUUUUUCUUCAAAUUUCCUUUGCAUGCUUCCUUUCCAGCAUCCAUAUCGUUUGGGAAUGGUCUUGCGAAAGUAACGUACGAAGUUAAAGCAGGCGUUGAAGUGUUUUGGAACCGAGAACGCCGGCUUGUCACAGAUAUGCAGGAGUUAACGGUCGUUGAAGCAUUUGACGAAGAUAUAUCCGUCCUUCCAAAUCAUGGCACUGUAGCAGUUGGCGAUGGAGGGAGGUUGUGGGUACAGGCUCGGAUUAUCGGGGGGAUGGCAAUUAGUGGAUACCCUGCAUGCUGCGAAGUGCAUGUUAAGAAUAGCUCUUCGCGGAAAAUAUCGGGGGUUUCCCUAGCCUUGAUAAGAAAGUUGGCUCUUGCCCAUCCGACAGAGGGAAAGAAAUCCAUUGAACUAUCUGACAAAUUGCUAGAAGUGCCGUACAAAGGACCAGAUUAUACGGUUCAAGCUUUCUCCGAAGGGGUAGCGAAUCUUGUCUUCUCAGUACCCCGCGCAGCUCUGGGCUCCCAAUUAGGUGGGGUUCAUCAUCAAGAGGGAAGUGGUAACCAGGAAAGUUUAUUCCGAAUCUCUUGUUCUCUCUUGGUCAAGGUAGCCAUGGGCUGGGGAGCGCCAGAUUUAGAAGUUGAUGUGCCGGUCCGUGUAUUUCAUCAGAGCACCGUUCCGGUCAAUUUCCACCGCGCGACUUCCCCUGUUCCCCUAACCCCGCUUUCGCCGCCUCAGCCAUGGGACCCGACGUUUGAUAUCCCCCAAUCUGCCAUGUCCCUACCUUCCUCUCCUCGUAUACAUCCUUACUCAGAUCCCCCGCAUCCGGUUAUUGCGGAAUCCACCUCUCUUGCCUACCACACCACUGUGUAUUCUCCGUCGCCGCAAUAUCCUCUCCCACCACAUCCCUAUUACUCCGAGAACGGCAUUGAUGCUUCGACCCACACAUAUUUUCCGCUUCUUCUACAAGCAGAUUCUUCCUGCGACCGCCACCCUAUCCGACCUUCAUCGGCGGAUCCAGUCACGCGGAGACCCCUUCCCCAGCCACCCAAAUAUCAUCCUACUAGCGAGAUCAACCUUGAAUCCCAGCAACAUCCACCAAUGGAUCAAGUGCGAACGUUUUGGGAAGACACCAUUGUCACCGGUGGCGAGAGGGAGAGCAGAAGGGAACGGGCAUCCAGAAUAUCUAGGCAUUUGAGGCUGUCGUCGCGUUAUCGGUCCCUCUCCCGUUCGAGGGAUGUCGAGCAGGCUUCCAUUGGGAUCCGCCAAGAGCCUGCAAAUCAUGAGCGGGGUGCUGCGGAUCAUUAUCCCCCUCUCAUGGUUUCGGGUAUCGUAACGGUGCCUUGGACUGCCGAAAAGCAAAUUGUCUCAUCCCAGCCCAGCUCUCCAUUGCUUGGGGAAGUUUGUACUGUGGCAACCCCCAUAUUGUCGCCUCGUCCACUGUUAUCACCGCGACAAGCUUAUUCCGCGAGUCCAUUUGGGGGGCCUCCAAGCCCACGAAGCGAACGCGUAGAAGCACUUGAACGCCAGGCUGAAGAGGUGAUAGACUCAUCGUUGGACACCUCGGACGCAGUAGACACCAUGACCCCACAGUCAGCUAUUUCUUCCAAGGCAAGGCCUGUCGCCGUGGACAACUUGGACUUUGAUGCCAGUGGCUUGAAACUCCAUGAGACAACGUUGAAACUUCCGGCUCCUAACAUUCCUCCUGUCGGAGGUGAUGUUGGAGGUUUGACGCUGCUCGAACGAAGAUUAGUACGACCCAUGGCGGGCGCAUCACUUUUCAAAGUACCGGACCAAAUAUCGUCUCAUAAUGUUAAUCUGCGGCCUCGAUCAACUACUGAAUUAACCGUGAGGAAUGGAUUUUCAAAUUUCCCAUCAUCAAACGUUGUACCUCGCCGCAGCGUGGCUGAGGUGAUGCGAAACGAAGCACAAGCCCGAGUGACAGAUUGGGUAAGGAAGGAGCAGGAGAAGGACGCAGAUACCUCGUUCGAAGGAUUGAAUGAGGAUGGUGCGCUGCUUGAAAAUGCAGAGGAAGUGCUCAGUACGGCACGCACCUCCAAGGCGGAACUGGAGUCAUCCACUAGCCAUGCUCUGGGAUGGGAUGCAGCUGACCCUCACGAGAAUCCUAGCAUAAACUCGGGAUUUCAGCCGUCUUCGGCCAGUCCGAAAGGCCAUGGGAGCGUUCACGUACGAGACCGGAACCCAACAGGGGUGGAGGAUGACAUAAGGGGUGCAAGAGGCAGUCGAGGCGGUGUUGUCACGUCGGUUGCCGCCAUCUGGGCCGACAGCAAUGCUCAACCUCCAGCAAUUCCGAAAAGAAACUACCCUCCAAAAUAUCCAAAAAGUGAUGGCUUCAGCACCACAGUUCUCCCUAUUAUACCUCUCAAACGCAGCCCAUUACGUUCAAGGCACUCGCGGAGCUCUCCGCCACGCCCUCCACUCCAACGGUUGGACAAUGUUCGCAUGUUACCCAUGAAAAAGCCACCUUUGCUAUCUUCGUCUAUUCCCCGAACCACAGUAGUCAAUGGAACACCUGGGAAACCCAUACCGUCCAGCACCGUGGGACCUGGACCCAGGCGAGUUGAUGCAUCUUCACCUCCAGCCCCCGAACACGGGCCGCGCAACAGGAACGUAGAGAAUAUUCCCACAGUCGGACAGCAGAGGCUCCGAGAACUGAUUGCAAAAUACCAAUCUUGAUUAUAUACUGUUCGCUAGUUGUGCAGCGAUUACAG